AUGGCUUCCCAAGACCCGAAUGCAGAGCUAAUGCAAUCUCUCACAAAAAUGAUAGCCGACGCCCUGAAGUCAUCCAUCCAAUCCACUUUGGGGCAAAUGAAUCCUGCCGGAGAUGCAAUGGUGCCACCCGUGAAACCACCUUCGUUUUCUGUUCCCGAAUACCGUAUUUCGGACAACACAUCCGUUACUGACUAUUUCAAGCGCUUUGAAUGGUCUCUGCAAUUGAGUAAGAUUCCGGCAGAACAAUACCCACACUAUGCUCGAGUGCAUAUGGGUACAGAAUUGAAUAACGCCAUCAAAUUCCUGAUAAGUCCUCGCGAUCCAGCGGACAUCUCGUUCGACGAACUUCGAUCGGCACUAGUAAAUCACUUCGACCAGCCAAAAAAUAAAUACGUUGAGAGUAUAAAGUUUCGGGAGAUCGUGCAACAGAGCGACGAAUCCGUGUCCAGUUUCGUUCUCCGGCUCAGACAAGGUGCUGCGCAUUGUGAAUAUGGAGAAUUCCUUGAUAGAAUGUUGAUCGAACAGCUCUUACACGGUUUCGAUUCACGCGAACUGUGCGACGAAAUUAUAGCAAAGAAACCGGCGACAUUCAAUGACGCUUUCGAGAUUGCGCACACAAUUGAAGCUACCCGUAACACAGCUAAAGAAGUGAGAACGGUAAGACAAUCGCUAGUUCCAGAGGGAACCAACAAGUUAGGUUAUGAGCCACCGAAGACACGGAGGGGAAAUCCAAAUGACGUAUCUUCGUCACACCUAUACAAGGGUAGUGGGAAACCAACAUACGACUCUAGAGUAUGCAGUGGCUGUGGUGGUCAACAUACACGUAGUCAAUGUAAGUUCCGCAAUGCAACUUGUUUCACCUGUGAGAAAAAAGGGCACAUUGCCAAAGCUUGUAGGUCCAGUAAAUAUCAAUCACAGGAUCGCUCCACGUCUCAAGUGCAAUUGGAGAAGCCUUCUGAAGAAGUCGACGAAGUAAUGCGGUUGAGCAAAAUUCAUUCAGUCGCUGCGUGCCAGAAAAAGGUAGUCAGUGUCGAAAUAGACGGCCUCCUGGAAAUGGAGGUUGAUACCGGAGCCCCGUGCGGCAUCAUUAGCGAGAAAAAGCUACGAACGAUCAAACCCACGUUUACACUAAAGGGCACAGAUCGGCAAUUCUCCAGUUACACCGGACACAAAAUUAUGUGCAUGGGUCUUCUUCCAGUGAAUGUCAGCGUCGGAGCAACUACACACAAACUGAACUUGUACGUUGUGUCCGGGGACUAUGACGCCCUUUUUGGAAGGGAAUGGAUUUCGCAAUUCAUGAAAGAGGUAAAUCUAAACGAGCUGUUCUCAAAAACUGAUCCGAUACAUUCACUAGUAUCUACAAAAUCGACAUGUGCAGUAGAACGAGAGGCUCUUUCGCAGUUGCUGGUGAACUUCGAGGAUGUUUUCAGUGACACCCCUGGUAAGCUGAUUGGGCCUCCCGCAUCAGUGCAUUUGAAACCUGGAACAACUCCCAUUUUCGUAAAAGCUCGAGACGUACCACUUGCAUUGAAAAGCCAAUAUGCCGAAGAAAUUGAUAAAAAAUUAGCACCCGGUGCCUAUGAGAGAGUGGAUUACUCUGAAUGGGCCUCCCCCACACACAUUGUGGUCAAGAAGAACGGAAAACUACGCAUCACCGGCAAUUACAAACCAACGGUAAACCCUCGAAUGAUUAUCAACGAACAUCCGAUCCCCAAAAUCGAAUACAUUUUCAACCAAAUGAAUGGAGCCAGUUUGUUCUGUCAUCUGGAUGUUACGGACGCUUACACACACCUUCCUAUUGAUGUGGAGUUCCAACAUGUUCUAACUCUCAAUACACCAACACAUGGACUGGUACGCCCUACAAGAGCAGUCUACGGGGCGGCAAACAUUCCAGCGAUCUGGCAACGUCGUAUGGAAACGGUAUUUCAAGGUCUAUCUAUUGUAUUUUGUAAAGAAUACUCGAUGAUUUAUUAUAACGUAUUUAUUUUCUUGUCUUUACUCUUCAAACGUACAUAUCAAACUGAUGGCGGGCUCUCCUUGUUCUUCUAUCGCACUCUACUGCUCUAUUCAUGCUAG